AUGACUGCAGAGGAGAUUAUAAACAUUAAAGAAGCAGAGAUAAUCAAGUUGAUCUUGGACUUCCUAAACUCCAGAAAACUUCACAUAAGCAUGCUUGCUCUAGAAAAAGAGAGCGGAGUAAUUGAUGGUCUUUACUCCGACGAUAUGCUCUUCCUGAGGCAACUUAUAUUAGAUGGGCAAUGGGAUGAUGUUCUGCAGUUCAUCCAGCCAUCGGAGUGCCUGGAUAAAUUUGACAGAAAGAGGUUUCGAUAUACCAUCCUAAAACAGAGAUUUAUGGAAGCUUUUUGUGUAAACAAUGCCAUGUCUGCAUCAGAUGACCCUCAGAACCUGGAGCUUACCAUGCAAGAUGCGGUCAAGUUCCUCCAUGCCCUGGAAGAGUUCUGCCCAACAAAAGAAGACUACAGCAAACUUUGCUUACUCCUCACCCUCCCCCGGCUUACAAACCAUGCUGAAUUCAAGGACUGGAACCCCAGUACUGCCCGUGUACACUGCUUUGAGGAGGCCUGCUUCAUGGUUGCCGAAUUCAUCCCUGCGGACCGUAAACUGAGUGAAGCCGGUUUCAAAGCCAGGGGAAUACUGUACGAGUGCUGUGUUGAGUUUUGCCAAAGCAAGGCGACUGGAGAGGAGAUCCGUGAAGAGGAGGUUCUUCUAGCUGUGGAUGUUCUUUGUGGUAAUGGUUGUGAGAAACUGGACUUGAGUUUGCUCUCGUGGAUUCAAAACCUCUCAUCAUCAGUUUUUGCCUGCGCUUUUGAGCAGAAGACCUUGAGUAUUCACGUGGACUGCCUUGUCAAACCCACCCGGACGGUUCACGUGGACCUUCUCAGCCCUCUCCUCACCAAACUCUCACCCUGCCCGGCCUCGACCCUGCGACCCCAAUCAGUGGAUACAUGCAUGUCACGGUCUCUCAAUCCCGCCCUGGAUGGAUUGUUGCAUGGCCUGGCAGGGAGCGAAAAGAAAAUGACUGAAUCUGAUGGAAAAACAACAUCCAUGUCACAGUCUUUUGCUAACUUUGGGUAUCCUUCUGGGACAAAUUCAAGCCGAAAUGCUCUGGAGGGCAGCAUCUUUACUGAAUCUCCAGACAGAGCACAAGCACCGGCAGAGAAGAUAAAUGGCUCAGGAACCUACUUUUUACAUUCUCCACUGACUCCUGGGAAGGAUGGUGGCAACAUGGCUGCAGCUGAAAAGUCUGAGGAGCAGAUUCAGGAGUUCCAGCGUCAGCGGUUGCGGCAGCAGCAUCUUGAGCAGAAGCAGCAGCAGAGGCAGCUGUAUCAUCAGAUGCUGCUGGAGGGUGGAGUUCAUCCUCCAGACCAGCCAUCAGACGCCGCCCAGCACAACCUCACACAAAAGUUCCUGAACAGGUCCAUUCAAAAACUGGAGGAACUGAAUGUGGCGGUGGGUAUGGAAGACCUGGGAGAAGAUGUUCAGGCUUUGGCCCAACAGUGUAACAGUAUGACAGCUGCCGCAGCCGGUACACAGUCCCCUAAUGCGGGAUCAGGCCAGAACAAGGCUUCGGUGGUCAGCAGCACCCCUCGGAAGGGAGGAGGCCAGGGGGUUCCUUCACUGGAUGAGUCCCCUGUGCUGGUCAACCCGAGUGUGUUUCAGUACGAGAAACGCAAAUCCACAUUCAUUACAGUACAGACACUUGAGGACACACAGGCUGUGCGAGCAGUUGCCUUCCACCCUUCUGGAACCCUCUACGCAGUGGGAUCGAACUCCAAAACACUGCGUGUCUGUACCUACCCACAAUCCCUCAAUGCUAGUGCUCAAAGUCCAGUAAAGCUGCCUGAUAUCUGCUUUAAACGUAUUAAACACCAUAAAGGCUCCAUCUACUGUGUUGCCUGGAGUCCCUGUGGUCAGCUGCUUGCCACGGCCUCCAAUGACAAGUAUGUCAAAGUUCUUCCUUUCAACGCAGACACCUGCAACGCCAAGGGACCAGAUCUAGAGUUCAGCAUGCAUGACUGCACUAUCAGAGACGUGGCGUUUAUGGAGGGCCCAGAGAGUGGAGGUGCCAUUCUCAUUAGUGCCGGGGCUGGAGACUGUAACAUCUACACCACUGACUGCCAGAGAGGACAAGGUCUUCACGCUCUCAGCGGCCACACAGGACACAUACUGUCUCUGUACACGUGGGGCGGGUGGAUGAUAGCAUCUGGUUCUCAGGAUAAAACAGUGAGGUUCUGGGAUCUGCGUGUGCCCAGUUGUGUGAAAGUGGUGGGGACAGCUCUGCAUGGAAACGGAAGCGCAGUGGCCUCUGUGGCAGUGGAUCCCAGUGGGCGGCUCAUGGCCACCGGAUUGGAGGACUGUCGCUGUAUGCUCUAUGACAUCAGAGGUGGUCGAACCGUCCAGGCGUACCGCCCACAUACCAGUGACGUCCGUUCUGUCCGCUUUUCUCCUGGUGCCCACUAUCUACUCACUGGUUCCUAUGACAACAAAGUCAUGAUCACUGAUCUUCAAGGUGAUCUCACCAAAACUCUGCCAGUUACUGUAGCUGCUGAACAUGGCGAUAAAGUGAUCCAAUCCCGGUGGCACACCAGAGACCUCUCCUUCCUAUCCUCCUCAGCUGAUAAGACUGUCACACUAUGGGCAUACCAGCCUUAA